AUGCACUCUCUUCAUCCUGAUGGAGCACAUGGAUACCAGUCUUUACAACCUCAUGAAGGAAUGCCGGAAGAAGAAGCGAGCAAUCACCCAACAGCAACGCAAGAUCUUCGCCUUCCAGCUCGUGAAAGCUCUCGCCUACCUAGAAGUAGCUCGCCUCUAAAACAGAUCAACAAUGUCUGCCACAGGGACCUCAAACCGCCCAACAUUCUCAUCAAUAAUGAAACCUUCGAAGUGAAGAUUUGCGACUUUGGCUCAGCCAAAAUUAUCGAAAACAAAGAGAAUAAUGUCUCAUACAUAUGCUCGCGCUACUACAGAGCGCCGGAACUCAUCCUCAACUCCACCUCGUACGGCUGCGAAAUAGACAUGUGGUCAGCCGGCUGCAUUAUCGUCGAACUCAUGACCCUCGAACCGGUCUUCCCCGGCGAUAGCUCUAUCGAGCAACUGAUCGAGAUCAUUAAGAUCUUGGGCACUCCCACCCGCGAGCAGCUGCUGGCCUUCUCCGAGUAA